AUGGGUACCGUUUCGAUCGAUCUUCGAUCAGUGGACACAAAUGACAGACGAGUCCAGUUGGGUGGAAGUUCUCCUGCCGCGGGAUCCUCAAACGAGGAUCCAGAACCGGAUGAACCGAGCUCCCUCUACAACGAAGACUGUCUUCGGGGUGCGCUGCAACCGUCCCCGCCCGAAGAUCAAAAGGGAAAUGGUGGAAGAUUUCCGGCGGAGGAUCCUCAAUCUUACGGUCAAAUAUUGAAAUUCUCUUAUCCAAAGGGGAAACGAAAUAAUAAUAAUAAUAAUAAUGGGAAGAAGCCUUUCAAACGUAGAGUGACAUUCGCUUUGUGA